AUGCGAGGUCUGGGUGAGACAGAACAAACCGCAUUAGUUGAAUGUCUGGCAGAAGGAAAGGAAAACGUUCGCUACGAGUGGUCUGAGGAGAAUCGUGGCGUGGUGGGCACAGAGGCUCAACUGGAGAUCCUUCUUCAAGGUGUACUGGCCAAAGAAGAUAGUGAAGACCCAGCUAAUAUUUCCAAGUAUACCUGCACAGUGACUGAUGCUGCCACUGGCGAGAAAUUGGGCGAAAGCAAAUUUAGUCCUCUCACAAAAAUCAAACAACCUGACCUCAAUUCUAUUGAAUUAUCGGAAGAUGAGGAAGAAAUAGUUCUAGUCUACCCGGAUGAGGCACUGGAAAUGCACUGUGAUAUACCCUCCAAUAUGCCUUUUAGAGGAAGAGAAGUUGAGUGGUGGAUCAACGGUGAGAAAUUGGGAAGAGUUCCAAACCGUAUUGAUAUGAGUAAGUCAAGUAUUCUCGGAUAUCUCUCCAUGUCGUCUAACAAAACGGGAACUUAUUCAUGCCGCUUCGGUAAAACCACAAAGUCUGCCCACAUCAUUGUUAGAAACCGCGAUAUAACAAUCAACAUUGAACCAAAGGAGGACUACAAAUCCAGUGGAAUAAACGAUGUUGCUGAGUUCCACUGUCGAGUGACGGGUCACAAAAAUGGUGGCAAGAAUGUUCGCUGGACAUUCAUCCCCGAGGGUGGAACUGAGGAAGAGGAGAUACCUCCUGAAGCGCAGACAUCUUCACCUGCAGCUGCUCCUGCCACAGCCUUUCUCUUUAUUGAAAAUCCGUUGAAAAAACACGAGGGUCAAUAUGUGUGUCGUAUUGGACAAGUCAUGGAUGUCGGAAAGCUCAUUAUUGAAGACAGAAGAAUCAGUGUGAAUCCCGAGGAAGUAGUCACCCGUCAAGGAUCAACAGUUCGCUUCUUCUGUACUCUCACUCUAGCUGAUGGCAAACAACCCAAGGGAGGUGUGACAAAGGUCACUUGGUUGCGCAAGGAUCGUCGAUCGCUUUCACCAGGUCGUGAGGAAAUCCUGAGUGGUACAACGGCAAGCAAUGCUGCAAUUCUCGUUGUUAAGAAUGUUGAUGAAACCUACAAUAAUGUGGAAUAUAUCUGUACUGAUGGGUUCCGUGAAGCUAAAGCCAAGAUUAUACUUCAAGAAGUUUGUGGUCCAGGUGAAAGGUCUUGCGGUGGAGACAAGUGUAUUCAAGAAAGCCUCUUCUGUAACGGUGUUCCUGAUUGUCCCGACGGAUCUGAUGAAAUUCCUGAACGCUGUCGUGAAUGCGAACCGAAUCAAUUGGCUUGUCUGGCUGUUAACGGCAAAGAACCUUCAAAAUUCUGUUACCUCCGUUCCUGGCAUUGCGAUGGUGAAGACGACUGUGGAAAUGGCUACGACGAAUUGGACUGUCCACCUCCCAACCCAAAUACUCCUUGCAGUAACAAAUAUUACAUCUGCCCUGACGACCAACGACCUAUUCCACGUUCAUACCUCUGUGAUACGCAGACCGAUUGUGAACCUUCUGCAAGCGAUGAAAUGGGAUGCAGUCGACCAAGCGUUAUCUACCCUCCCCGAGGUCAAGAUGUGGUUGGAAUCAAAGGAACAAACGUGACACUCAAAUGCGUAGUCCAUGGACGACCUCCGGCCAGUAUCAAUUGGCGUUUCAAUUGGGGUCCAAUUAAAACUGGCAUCAAUUAUGUGGAAAAUACCACCGUGGAGGGAUGUGAUCGAGUUACUAGCCACCUCACUCUUGUCAAUAUUGAUCCAAGAGCUAGUGGGAUGUACACUUGUGAAGCUGUUACGUAUCAAGAUCGUGUUCUUGCACCUGAUUAUACCGUCAAUGUUGGAGGCAACCGACCGAAAUUCAAUGAUGCUGCCUGGAAUGAGGAUAUGUGCCUGAGUUGCUACUGUUCCGGUGUUUCUGAUGACUGUACAAGUCUACGUGGAUACUCUCUCGCUUCGAUGGACAAAGUGGCAAAGAAGUCGAUUGAAGAAGUUAGGCUGAUCCAAUACAACAAAGCGGACGAGCCAAUCGAGGGCGAACUACCUGGCCUUCAGCUAACUGACUCGACCUUCAAAAUAUCUGUUCCUGAUACCGAAAAUACCUACUUGGAAGGAACUUUUGGACUCACUGGGGAUUGGACUCAAUCCUAUGGCUUGUUCUUGAAGAGCAAUAUUACACUAACUGGACCCAUGGAGGGCUACCAACCCAUCUCACCCAUUAUACUCGAGGGUAACGGUGAGAAGGUCUACUACUGUGGACCCUCAUCUCAGUCAAAUCUCUACACCAGUGAAACCGGUUACCAGAACCAGAUGCUAUUGCGUCUAACAGAACGUGACGGAUGGAUGGUAGGGGGCCCAGACUGCAAUGAAAAAUCUCGUCCAGCUACUCGUGAUCAAAUGAUGAAGGUGCUCGCGAAUGUGCAAAAGCUUCGAUUCCGUGUAAACUUCUAUGAUAAGCAGGAGACCUACCAGUUAGAUAACUUGCAACUUGAACACGCCACACCCACUGACUUCCCAGGUGCUUUCUAUCCUGAAAUGGAGUCUUGCAAGUGUCCCGAGGGUUAUAAAGGAUUGUCUUGCCAGCAAUGUGAACGAGGUUUCGAGCAUGAUCCUGCUGAUCCUACAAAGUGUAGGCCUGCUUGCGCUUGUGAAGAAUGCGAUGAACAAGGAAAUUGUAUUGCAUGCUCGAACAACGCUGCUGGACCAGAUUGCACUGAAUGCAAGAUUGGAUUCUACCGACCUCUCGACCAGCCUAUCUCUUCACCAUGCCUCCCUUGUGAUAAAUGUGGUGGUGACUAUCCUCAUGUUAGCAGGGAUUGUGCAGCGGAUCCAUCCUCUCCAGAUGGCUAUAGGUGUCGAUGUGAAUUGAGAGGAGAUGGACGUCUUCUGGAUGAUUCUUGUGAUCUGUGUAAAACUGAAAAAGUCCCACCCCCAGAAGCUAAAUGUGAACAACGUUCUGAACUUUUGAAUAUCUGCAAUCCGGCGGGAACAGAGACUAUUACUACCAAUGAAAUCUGCACCUGCAAGGAGGGCUACAAGGGUGACCGCUGUACAGAAUGCGUUGAUGGUUAUAUGAAACAUGGUGAUAAGUGUCUAAAGUGCUACUGUUCUGGAACGACCAAAUCUUGCACAGGUUCUGAGACUCACUUCUUCGAAAACAUUUCUCUGGCAAAUCCAGGACGGUACAAAUUCGACAUCUUCUUGGCUAGGAAAAUGAUCAAUGGUGAACUGAGCACUGUUCCACUUGUCGACUCAGAUAAGAAGCGUAUUGAGCGUGUAUACUCCCCUUUGAAUGUGGAUAAACUUGGUCUCCCUGGUGAUAUCUUAAUUCGUGAACCCCUAGUGAGUGAUGGUACCUCGAGGAUUUCCAUAAAACUAACUGAUCUUCAACGUGGUCCUGAGGAAACGGAUAUUCCAAUCUAUCGCAAUCUAUAUGGAGGCAAAAUGUCGUUCCAAUUCAAGCGAUUCCAAGACCCAGGAACAGUGCCUAUAUCUGCUAAUAACCAACUUUUCGUCGUGAUCGAGUCUCCCAAAUUCGGAACUUCUCAAGCCAUAGCCGCAUUCAACCCUAAUACUCAGCGCUAUGAAGUUGAAUUCUCAGAAGACUGGUGGAAUGGUGGUUGGCGAGCACUAGAUUCAAAGCUCUCCCGAGCCGCUCUCCUUCGCGUCCUGGGUACAGCUGACUCAGUUGGUAUAUCUGCUGUUUCAAUCAAUAAUGAUCUCGAAAAUGCUCGAAUUGGUGGUCUAUCUCUUGAAGUCGCGCGGGAUUUCGGUGGAAAUCCUCCGGAGGGCCUAUCAUCUGCUCCUGUCGAAAUUUGCGAGUGCGAAGCAUCAGGAGGCCGAAGUCUGUCACCAAGCUGUGAAGGUUGUACAGAGCUUCAGAAGUCGACUGUGGUGAAUCUUGAUCCUUCUGGUCCAGACUUCCAGUGCGGUGGAUGUAAAGGACCAGGUUGUGAAGAGUGUUCUGCUGGCGAAUUCAAGUACGAUUUUCUCACAAAUACAAUGCACGAAACAUGCCAAAAGGGUGUCGAAGUGGAGACCGAUGGCCGAGUGGUGAUUGCAAAGCCAGGAAGUCGUGUUGAGUUGGCUUGCCGUGCAACAUCUUAUCGCGGUGGUAUUCCAGUCCACACUUGGCGUCUGCCUGCUCAAAUCGCUGACUCAAAAGACUUUACUGUUCAUCGGGAGCUUUUGCCCUUCAAACCACGCCUGGAAAAUGGUACAUGGACUCCAGUCACCUCGGAAACCAGACUGCUAAUCGAUAAUGCUAAAGAGGAAUAUUCCGGUCUUUAUGAAUGUCAAGUCGCUGCUUUAGGAGCCAAUCUCACUGAACCUUUCUAUCUCGUUAUUAGAGAUCCUUCUAAGGACCAACCUGUUAAACCUGGUGACACGUUGAAUGAAGAAUUCCCUGUACCUUUACCGGUUCCUAUCUCACCACCGGUUGCUGAGUACGUAACCAUCGCCAAAGAUCCAACGGAUCCUAAAAUAGUCGUUAUUGAAGGAAAAAUCAUUCCACCAAAAAGCCUAGAUGAUUUCCACAUUAUAUGGCUAGCACCGAAUGGAACUCGGAUAAUCCCAGUUGAUCCUCCAGUAAUAGAUCGAGGAAAUGGUGAAUUUAAAAUUCGUUUGCCAAUCGAUCUUGAUGAAUUUGAUAAACGCGGUGAAAAGAUCACCGGCUUCCUCGUUGGUAAAGAUCCCAUCAAAACUCCAAUUUGGGUACCCCUACCCGAACCGACGAGAAUGAAAGAGCCCGCAACUUUGGAGGAUAUACCUAGGAUUCGUUUGAACUAUCCAUCCCGCAAUCUCUCGUUCCUUGAACCAGCGUUGAUAUCAGUUAUCUAUCCAGACGGAAAACCAAAGAAUGCGAAAAUAACCUGGAGAAGAGUAGGCACUCAUCCACUUGAAAGUAACGAAUUUCCCGAUGGACUCGGUGUGGAUAGAAAUGGCAAUCUUGUGAUAUAUGCAGCGGGCGAAGAACAUGAGGGCUCUUACGAGGCUACUAUCACCUUCCCAGAGACUGGAAAAGAGAUUAAACUACAAACGCAAAUCACUGUUGAGCCCUGGUCCUCGCCUACGAAGAUUGAAGUCUCCUCAGGACAAGCUGGUGAAGUCCCUGAAGAAGCAGAGGGUGUGGAACCACCUCAACUUACUGAUGACAAGUCUUUUAUCUACUAUGUUUCCGGCUUCACACCAGACUCGGCACAUUGUGAGAAUCCUAAGUGGGUAUUGGUGGACAAGAUUAGAAAUACUACAACUGAUAUCACGGAAAAAGUCAAUCGAGAAAAUGCUGCGAGAUUCAUUAUUAACUAUCCUCUGGCAAGUGGAAAGUACAUCAAAUUUGAAUGUCUUCCAGUGCCUUCAGUGAAUCUAUCUGGAUCACUUGAAUUCAACAUUGAUUCACCUGAUGUCCGAGUUAUGCUGACUCCUAUCCAUGAUGAUCCGCACUCCAUCUUCCCAACAAGACUUUAUUGUGGUGAAGGAAAUCCUGAUAUUGUUGCUGAAGUUUCAAUAACAUCGGAUAAUUUUAGUCAAAAAGAAAUGGAGGCUAUGGAGAAACCCAGAGGCAAAGAUACCGAAGAAGUGGAAUUGGAUUGGCGUCGUGUUGGUGGUUUCCAGCCUUCGAAACACGCAGUGAAGUACGUGUGCACAGCAAAGACUCCAAAGGGAACUGUUACAAAGACGAUUGAAAUCAAGGCUAGACCGAUUCCUGAUGAUCUGGAACUAGUUCCAAGACCCACAGUCCCAAAGUUGAGGGUAUCAUCUCCUGGUCGAAUUCUCGUUCCAACUGGUGAAAAUCAGUAUCGAUUAGACGUCAGAGAGGGAGAUUCUUUUGAGGUGAUUGCUGACUUUGAUGCGCAAUCUAACGAUGGUGAAAUUGCGUGGUCAUUGGAUGAUUCGAUGGACGUACCAGAAAUCACGGUUGAAGGAGGCCAUUCUUGGAAACGAAUCAAAUUUACUGAUGCUCCGACACUGUUCGAUGGGAAAGUCCUUAACGUAGCCAUCAACACUCCGGAAGGUGAAAGGACUGCUCAAGUUACUCUUGCAGUUUCCCCAAGUGACCGGACAUAUGUUAUCGUAAACUUAAACAGCUCAUCUCUUAUUAACGGAGACCUUAUCGGAUUAGUUAACGGUGAUAUGGCAAUUGAUGUUAAAACCCUGAGUCCUGACGGUCGCGAUCUUCCGAAAGAUCUUGCUACCUUCUGGCGUAUUUCUCGUGCAAAUGGAGAGCCUAUAACAUUGGAAGACGGUAUAUUAGCUCAACGAUAUAGUCAACCAAAUCCACUACGUCUUGAACUACAGGGAUUCCCCCCAGAUCCAACUGAAUUCUCCAUUUCAGCAGCUGUGGUAGUUCCAAUGGAUGAAACAAAAGAAGUCUUCACUUCAGUCCCAUAUCGUUUGAUCAUUCGUGAGGGUCUCAUCAAAGCAUUCAUACAUGGUCUCACUGAACCUGGAGUACUUUCUGGGCGUGAACUCGAAACUGUUGGAGCCUCGUGUGUUGCACGAGACAUCUGGAGAAAUGAUACAAGUGAAGGCGUUACUUAUGAUUGGGAUUAUGUGAUUCUCCCCGACAGUGCUGGAGAUGAGCUCCCGACAACUGGUGAUAAGAUUAAACAUGACGAAGAAACACAGGCUGAGGUUCCGUGGUCGGCCUUAACUUUCCAGGAUAAUUCAAUCUACAUGGGAAACUUGAGAAGUCGACCUGGUUGGGUAACAAGCAUUCGCUGUCGAGCUAAAGCGGAAGAUUCAGAUAAAGAGGUGGUAUCGGAGUGGUUUAGACUAAAUGUUAUUCCUGGUGAUAUUGCUGCCAAGUUCCCCAAGAUUGAAAUACGGCCAACAUUCGAUCCAGAGAUCUCCAGAUUCCCAACAAAAAUUGAAUGCAUAGAUACAAAUACAGACGUCCCUUCAACGGUAACUUGGACAAAGGACGGACAAACUCUCCCACCUUCAGUUAACAUUGAAACCGAUGUAAACAAAGCUACGCUCUCAUGGUCUGUUGGGGGUUCAAAUGAAUUUUCACCAAGAGAUUUGGCUGGAGCUUACACUUGUGAAGCUAAGAAUGAAUACCGUACGGUCACUGAACGCCUGUUUCUUCCAGCUGACAUCAUGGACAAACAUGAUCAAGUAAAAGUGCCGAUAGCGAAGGAGUAUAUCCGCAUCAAGUCGACUUACAAGCCAAUAGAAGAAACUGAUGGUCAAAAGAGUGUGGUCGUGGAUGAAGGCGAGAAUUUUGAACUUGUCUGUGAGUACUACGGUAACCCAGCUCCAGACGGUGGAUUGAGCUGGCGACUAACCCACGAUGGAGAGAGCUCAACUUACGAUUCAUUGGCAAAAGUCAAUGGCCUGGUCUGGGAACGUGGACGAAAUUACUGGGCUCUUGUUCAGUCGGAUGCGUUCAAUAAAUACGCACCGCAGACUGGAACCUACACUUGCGAAGCUCUUGAUCAAUCUGGAAAUGUCCUGGCAUCGGAUUCCGUCAAUGUAGACGUUCCCGAGAAGGAGUAUGAUGUCAAAGUAGAAGGUCUAAACGAUUUCGGUGUUCUUCGACUUCAACCUGGAGGUAGUGGUAGUGUGAAAUGUCGUGUUACAGAUCCCAAAACAGGCGAAUUGUUGGAAACCUUUGGAAGGCUGAAAAAGAUUGAAUGGAUAGGACCAUUGGUCGAGUCGACUGGCAUAAAAUCUCUAAACGACCUGGCUGAAUAUGUAGGUGUUUCUGGGGAGGAUCUCAGUUUCCAAAAUGUCCGCGCCGAUCUAUCAGAAGGCACGAAAGCCAAGUGCGUCUUUUUCGAUGGCAAAAAUCGCAAAGAAUCCGAUCCCUUUUUGAUAUUGGUCAGAGGCGAAGGCGGUACUGAUGGUAAAAACAAGGCAAUUGUGGAGGAAAUGAAAUCAACCGAUCCGAAUGAACGACGCUUCCAGUGCAAUGCAUUUGACACUUUCAGUGGGCAACGUGUGGAGGGUGCUAUAAUUUCGUGGCACUUUGUUACUCCAGAUGGUAAUAGAAUUCUUCCCGGUCACCUGUUUAAGGAAGUUAACAGAGAGGGCAAUAUGAUUGCACUGUCAAGUCUUCGAGAUGAUGUCAACUUCCAAACACUCUAUGGUGGUGCUCCAAUUGUUGAAGGCCGAUGCUUUGCGCAUAUACCAGAAACAGGCAAGAUCUACCGCUCGGAUGCUUUCAUAACCAUUGGCGUACAACAACCAGGAGAAAAACCUGAGGAAAUCAAAGAUACAAAACCAAAGAAAGAUACACCGCAUCUGAACAUUGAGGGUGAUAAAAAUGGUGAGGUACCGUUUGAAGAGGGCGGUGACGCUUCUCUGAAGUGUCUACUUGAGGAAGUUAACCCAGAAUCGCCAAAAUUCGGGAAUGGCUACACCUAUUUAUGGCAGAUCGAACGUAAAGACAAACGACCUGUGGAUACAUCAGUAAUUGCUAGAAACAUUGAAGUGAACGCUUUACCAGAAGGUGGGCUCGAACUCAAACUGGUUGGCCUCAAAGCAUCUGCCGCUGGUCUGGAAGCCAGGUGUUAUGUUCUCAAUGAAACAGAUAAAACAAAUCCACAAUUUUUGGAAUUCCCAAGUGGUGAAUCCAGUGUUAGAUUCGUUCCCAUCAAACCAACUCCACCUGGUGAAAAACCUAGCUUUGCAGGAAUGUCUGAUUAUGAUAUAAUUCCUGAAAAUGACAAGAGGAAUAAGUAUGUUGUGAAACUGGAAGGUUUGGACGACCAGGGUAGACUUUCUGCACCUCUUGGUUCGAAUUUGACGUUGUAUACAAAAGUUCUGGACAAAGAAAGUGGCGAAGAAACGACACCUAGUGGCCUUAUUUGGAAGACCGCUGGAGUUGAAGUUGUACAUGCAGAUGGAAGUCCAGCACCUCUAAGUCAUCUCGCUAAACAAAUUCGCAUAGACUCUAACUCAGGAGAAAUCAAACUGCUGGAAUUCAAAGGUGACUCGGAACUAACAAAAGGAGGCGAUUUAUUUGUUCGUGUAAUUGUGGAAAAGACGUCCGAAGACGAUAAGAAACCCAGACCUGGACAAAUUGGUGAUCCCAAUAAAGAACGCUAUGCUUCCGCCCUCAUUCCUGUAGCAGUUGCGGAUAGGGAGGAGGAAGAUAAUCGUGAAAAAGUCGAGAAAUCGCCAACUCUGACGCCUAUUGUUCAUGGACUCAGCAAGUGCUACACAUUGCCACUGCAAGCUGGAAAAGAUGCUACGUUGUCCUGCAAAGCUAGAGGCAUCUCAGACGACAGUGAUAUUGUGUAUUCCUGGGCAUUCCAUACGCCUGAGGGUCGACCCGUAUCGGUAGAUAAGAUCGCAAAGACCAUUGUUUCAUCAGGUGGUCUCUUGACUCUCAAUAACAUGAAAGCAUUAGUCGAAGGUGAGAGCCUGCUUGGUCACUGUGUAUUAGCAAGAAAGAAACUUAUCUCUCAGAAGUUCUACGGUCGAGACUUCCUUGUUGGACCCCAAUGCGGACCAAUGGAAAAUGAAUUUGCCCGAGUUGAGGAACUACCAAGCGUAGACCCAGACCAGCGAAGAUUCAGAUGUAUUGUUACAAAACGUGAUGAUGGAUCUAUAAUAACGAAUGCCGCUUACAAUUGGGAAUUCUCAACACAAUCGGGUGAAGUUAUUCUCCCAGGGCACUUGUUUGAAAACGUCGAAAUGUUCAGUGAUAGUGUUGUACUUGGAAGACUACGAAGUGAUGUUGAUAUUGCAAAGUACUUUGGGGAUAGCAACCCAAGUGUCAUUGAAGGACGCUGUGUGGCUAUUAUUCCUCCUGAAAGUCCUGGAGAUGAAUCCAAGAAGGUAUUCUCUGAUCCGAUGGUCAAGGUCUCCAAAGAUGAUGCUACUAAUGGCCCCAAGUACUCAAUUACUAAAGUCGUGGAAGAUGACAAACCUAAAGUUGAUAUUAUCGGUAUCGAGGAUGGAAAGUUGAUUACCAAACCAGAUGAAACUGUCGUUCUCAAAUGCCUUGGAGUUGACUAUCAAACUGGCUCCAGUUUGAGCUACAUUGAAUACUCAUGGGAGGUACAGACAAAUGACGGUAGACCAAUCGAUAGUAGCGCUUUGGCGGAGAGAGUUGAAUUGGCCCCAUCUAGUGAUGGUCUUGGAUAUGUACUCAAACUCAUCGGAAUGCGUCAGUCUGCAAAUGGUCUUCGUUUGAGAUGUGUUCUUCGAGGCGCUGGCGAUAAAGAUAAAGAUACUCCUGUACCGGGAAGCCCUCUGAAACCAGAUGAAGAAGCUCCGGGAGAUUUCGUUGAAGUCGUUGUCGAAAAAGAUCCUACUGAACCAGGAAUUAAACUUGAGGAAGUUGAUCCUACCCCUGAUGAUGAUCCAAGAAAGGCAUUCCAUGUUAAAAUCGACGGUCUAGAUUCCAAUGGUAAUUUGGCUGGACCAGAAAAUUCUACCAUCUCAAUUAAGGCUGAACUUAUAGAUGAAUUUACUGGCGGUAAGGCCGAUGUACCUCCUGGAGGCGAAAUCAUUUAUGGAUUGGAAGUCACGGAUGCCGAUGGAAAUCCAGCUCCCUUGAAUCGCAUGGCUGACUCAAUUGAAAUUGACGCCAAAUCGGGAGAGAUUAAAUUCAUCAACUUUAAGGGAGAUAGCCUUGAACCUGUGGCAAAGAGCAUUCGUCUUAGAGUGAUCGGUGAAAUAAAUGAACCCGGCAAACGUCAACGAUUUGCAUCUCCAUAUAUCCACUCUGUAAUAACAAAAGAUGGUGAACCUGUUGAAGGUCCAGAAAAUGAGGUUGAUAAACUCCUAUUUGGCUGGGAGCUGAGAGACGAGAACGGAAAUGCACUUCCCUUCCCUGGUUCAGUUGCCGAUUUGGCGAAACAGUCUGGCAAUAAACUGCAAUUGAUCGGUCUAUACAAGCCCAACAAAUCUGUCUACGGCAGGUGUGUUGUUGCUCGUCCAAGUGCUGGAAGCUCGAAAUACCAUAGCGAUUACUUUGAAAUCGGAGCUGAAUGCAAACCAUCUCCCCAGUCCUCCGUUAAAGUCGAUGUACAAAGUAUUCCGCGACACGAUCCAGAUGAAAAAGCCUUUGAAUGCUUUGCAUACGAUUCUGCAACUGGUUCCCGCAUAACUAACACCUCAUAUGGAUGGCAAUUCAGAUCUAUCGAAACGGGAAGAGCCAUUUCACCGACAAUGAUCUUCAGCAAAGUCACCAAUGAUGGCAAUCGAAUCGUCAUGAAUAAUCUGAUCGCUGAUGUUGAUCUACAAUCACUGGUUGGCUCACAAAAAGUAUAUGGUGAAUGUAUUGCAAAUGUUCCCAGAAGUCCAGAUGGUGCGAUUCGGGAUACAUACACCUCCGGUCCUAAGUUUUACAUUGAGAAGCAUCCGUCAGGAACAGUGAAUAUAGAUGUUAUCAGAGACGUUGAAGAGCCCAAAAUUCAAUUUCAUAUGACUGGAGUAGAAGACGGCAAAUUAGUGGCCAACGAAGGUGAUAAUAAGAUAAUUAGUUGCGUCGCAGUUGAUCCGGAAACGAGGCGUCCAAUUGAAGGGCUAGAUGUUCAAUGGGUCUUUGAAUAUAAUGAAGGAACAGUGGCUGACACCAUAACACUGGCAAAGAAAGUUAAAUUAACGCCUGUUCCGUCAGGUUCAGUCCUUCGCCUCCAAGAAAUCUCUAAGACAGCAUCCGGACUUCGUGCCAAAUGUGUCGCCGUUAAUGCUAAUCGCGGAUUGAAUAGGAAACCUGGACAAGAAGAUCCCAUUGAUCCUAAGGUCCAAGUUGAAAGUCCUUAUGUGACUUUUGAGGUAACACCAGCAAUGCCUGAAGGGGAGGAGGGAAAAGUUGUUCCCAAACCCAUACUACCAACGCCAAAAGACUUCAAAUUCGUUAUCGAUGGAUUAGAUGAGAAUGGAAAUCUAGCCCUCUCCAAAGGGUCGAACAAAGAGUUGAAGGUUAAACUAGUUGAUCCAGAAACUGGUGAAGAACUGCCGAAAGAUCCCAAGGUCAAAUAUGGAGUUGAGCUCAGCCAUUCAGAUAAGUCGCCAGCUCCUCUUGGUGUCUUAGCUGAAGGCAUAGAAGUAGACUCAGAUGAAGGAACUCUAAAGAUUGAGGGCUAUCGUGGCGAUGAACUCAACAACAACGCCGACGACCUUUUCCUUCGAUUUACUGUGGAACGACAGUCACCUUCAGGAGAUGGCACAUUUGAGAAGUUUGGAUCUGAACCAAUUCCAAUUAAGACUCUUAAUGAAGAGGGUGGAGUUAUUUCUGAUAAUCGUGAUCCCACAAUUCGACACUCCGAUCUCACACCUGUUGUUCUUGGUCUGAGUGCAUGCGGCAAUCUAGUCUAUGAGGAUGGUGAUAACGUUACGCUCAAAUGCAUAGUCAGAGGCUUAUCAGACGAUAGCGGUUUGGUAUUUGCUUGGAAGAUGAUUAGACCUGGUGGUGUCAUGGUUCCAACAGCAGGCAAUUUGGCCAGAUUUGUGGAACAGGAAGGUUCAAAGUUACGUCUGACAGGCAUGCAGAAACAGGAUGGAUUGCUCUAUGGUAGCUGCUCGGUCGCUCGUAAGAGUGGAAACGCUGCACUCUAUAGUACCACCUACUUCCCUAUCGGUGGAAAUUGCAAAUCCACGAGCAAAAUUGUCACCGAAGUCGAUGAAAUUCCAAUGAACUCAUCUUAUGAACGCAAGUUUAUAUGCAAAGCUACGGACUCUGAGACAGGCCAACAAAUCCAAACUGGAAACUACUUGUGGGAGUUUUCAACUUCUACCGGGGAGCCAGUUCUCUCAAGUCACAUCUUCUCCAAGGUUGAAGUUAACGGGGACACCAUUCAAUUAAGUCGACCAAUGCCUGGCCUGGACCUGUCGAAGUAUCUUGGACCCAAUGAUGGAAAGUUUGUCGUGGGUAGAUGUCGGAUAAUUUUUUCUGCAGAUGGAGACGAAUCUGAACAGCCGAAUGCUCCUCCCUCUGAUCCAUUCAUUGUUGUCACUGACGACAAAGGAGCUGUCAAUAUCCUGGACCCAGUUGAUCUUAUUGAUGAGAAGCCCAAAGUGAUCAUAGGCGGCGCGGAAAAUAAUCGAGUGAAUCUAAACGAAGGCGACUCUGUAACCCUCAAUUGUGCAGCCCAGGAUAUAGUUUCAUCUGAAAACCUUGCUGGCCUGAAAUACUCUUGGGAGAUUCGCACAAACGAUAAUAAACCAGUGGACACAAGUGCCAUAGCUGACAAAAUUGAAAUGCUCCCGACUGGUGAAAUCAAAUUGAGUGGUCUUAAACAAACUGCCGAUGCACUUCGAGCUCGUUGUAUUCUCAUCAACGAUACAAAGGUUCCCGAAGCAAUUUCUGGAAUUGAUCAGGGUCCACUUCCAGCCGGUGAGUCGAAGCCUGGAGAGUACAUCGACUUUAAUGUUAAGCCAAACCCCAGCAGUCCUAUUCAGUUCAAUGACACGAAACUUCUUGAUAUUAAUGAAGUGGAUCCUCCAAAACUCAUCGUACAAGUGGAAGGACUUGAUGAUAGCGGUGCUUUGACUGCGAAGGAAUCUGAAGAUGUCACUCUUAAAGGAAAGCUUAUUGAUCCCUCUACAAACGAUGAGUCCCACGAAAAUGUACGAUUCGGUAUCGAAGCCAGCUAUGCUGAUGGAAGUCCUGCUCCUCUUGGUAUUCUCGCUGACACUGUCACAGUGGAUGCUCAAACAGGUGAAAUAAAGUUGAUCGGUUUCAAGGGAGACAAAUUCUCUCCUCAACGCGAUAGUUUACGAGUUCGAGUUAUUGCGGAAAGGAUUGAUACUGAACCAGAAAAAGCAGUUCUCGAACGCUUUGCCUCGAAGUAUAUUCCAGUGGUCUUGCUUGGAGAAGAUGGUGCACCGGUUAUGGAUCUCGAUGUUUUCUUAAUGAAAAUCUUCAUGAAUAUAGAUGGCAGACCAACUGUUCUAAAACUUGAUCCCGUCUACCCAACUAUAAAUGGCCUAAGCCCGUGCGGCAAUCUAUUCCUUCAACCUGAAUACUCAACAUCAGUUUACUGCAAGGCUACCGACAAAACUGAAUUGGCGGAUGAGUUUAUCUAUGGUUGGGAACUCCUCAAUGCUAAAGGCGAUUCAAUUCCUCUUGUUGGUAUUGUGGCCAAAUCAGUGGUUGUUGAAGGAUCUGCACUUCAGCUAAUUGAAGCAAAGAUUCCAUCCGCACCUGUGUUUGGACGGUGUGUUGUCUCUCGAAAAGCUGGUGAUGAUACGCGAUACUACAGUCCAAUCUUUCAAGUUGGAGGAGAAUGUGACCUAGCUGAGCUUCUAACAACGACUUCAACCAAAGCCCCGCCAAAAGUGGAAGUUCCUACUGAAACGCCUACUGAUGGAAAUAGUAAUGAGACGGAUCCAACUUUCUCUAACACAAUCAAAAAGGAUGACAUAGAAAUCCUCUUCCAAUUGACUGGUAUCGACUCUGAUCGAGUUGUGAGAGGCAAGCCAGGCGAUAAUGCAACGCUCACAUGUACCGCUUACAAUGCUCUGACAAAUGAGACCAUUUCUGAUGCGUCAAUCAGUUGGGAGUUCUCUGAUCUUGAGCUCAAUAAAAUAAGUCCAAUGCACAUUGCCAAGCAAGUAGCGGUUAACGGCAAAAAUGCCAUAAAUUUCAUUGAACUGCGCAAAGAACCCCGGGCCGGUGGACGUUGUCUUAUCACCUUAGCAAGCAAAGCUACCAUCAGCACGCCGUUCUUCUACUUCCAUGUCACGGAUGAUGAAGCAGCACAACCACCAUUGCAGCUUCCAAACGGUGAAAUGCCCAUUGAGGUAGUAGUUGAAGGACUUGAUGAGAAAGGAAAAAUAGCUGUUAAACAGGUUGGAGAUGAUGCUCAGUUGACCUGCAAGGCCCGUCGAUCAGAUACUAAUGAGACCAUUACUGAAAACAUACGAUAUGGCUGGGAAUGGCGUUAUUUGGACAACGAUCCAGCUAUGACAAGCAACCUUGCUGUCGGCAUCAAAACAGAUGGUCAUAACAUGGAAUUGCGUGGCAUCCGAGCGCCUGAAAGCUUAGGUGGUCGUGGAGUGAAGGGUCGUUGUGUUCUUCAUGUUCCUGCUAAGAUCAUCGAUCCUGAAGCCUCAGAAGAUCAGGAACGAAAAUUCACCUCGCCUUACUUCAUGGUCGUGGUUGAUCGUGUACCCUCUCCUAUUCAACCACCUAUUCAUGGACACGAAAUCGAUGGUAUUUCUGUGGAAAUUGAGGGUGCACCCAAUUCGGAGUUAAAAGCGAGUCAAGGAAGUAAUGCUAAACUGGACUGUGUAGUUAAAAAGCAAAUUAAGCAAGUUGAAAUCGAUACUCACAUCCAGCUCGGCGUGAAAAUUACCGUGAAUGAAUUAGUUUUUGAUGUAGAGUUACGCCUUUUAGACACCACAAGUGGAAAGCCAAUUUCAGCAGCACUCUACGCAAUCGUCUAUGGCUGGGAAUUCAGAGAUGCAGCUGGUGACGCUGUAGACAGCAGCUUCUUCGCGAAUGCAGUCAACAUUGAACCCUUCGGAAGCUUGAAACUUUCUGGUCUAUCAGCACCACCUACUGGCCGUUUCCCAAUGCGAAUUCGAUGCUAUGCCACUCUUGCCAAACGUCUACCGGCUACGGAAACGGAGGUACUUCAACCGAAAUUCUAUACAUCUGAUUAUGUUGGCUUUCUGAUUGUCCGCGAUGAUGGCACUGUUACUGGACCUAAAACUGGUCAGCCCGAACCUGACUUGCAAGGGAAACUUGUUAAAAUCGAUGUUGAAGGAUUGCAUCCAAGUGGAGAUUUGAAGAGCCUUCCAGGCGAGAAUGUAGAACUAAUUUGUGUAGCCACUGACAAGAGAACGGACCAAAGAAUUUCUGCUGAUAAAGCCAUCUACGACUGGAAUCUCAUUCGACCUGAUGGCCAAAAACUCUCUAAUGGUCAAGUGGCUGAUAAAGUCUUGUACGCCGGAGAUCGUUUGAUACUAAAACGUGUUCGUUUAUUGGAUCCUUCUCUCCAAGGUUCGAUGGGCCGUUGUGAAGUGUUCUACAAUGGGCAGACCUAUUCCUCUCCAUUCUUUAAACUUGAUUUUACUCCGAAGCGACCUGAAGAACAAAUUGAAGGUGAUGGAGUUCUUGAUGUUGAUAUUCUUGGCAUCAACAAAAUUCUUGGUGUCGUCGAAUUAACUCCAGACGAAAAGACUCUUCAAUGCACUGCUAUUGACUCAGAAUCACGAAUACCUGAAACGAAUGUAACCUACGAUUGGGAGUACUUCUAUAGUGUUGAGGGAUUGCCUGACAUACCUGAAGUAAUAGACACUGAACGAGUGGAAACCUUCAAGGAGGGUCUCAACGGAAAAUUGACUCUUAAGGGAACUGGAAAUAUUACCCCAUCGAAGAACAAAGUGAUGCGUCUCAGAUGUCGAGUUACCAAAGAUGGCAAGAGUUAUACAUCACCUUACUAUGUCAUUCGAUUAACUGGAGAAGAAAUUGAACCUAUGAAAUCAGAAGAGAAACCAGUUCCUAAGUACUGGGCUAAAAUAAGUGGGCUUGAUGAGCAAGAUCGUGCGUCGGCAAAUCCUGGAGAUGAUAUGUCUCUUGGCUGCCGUGCUAUGGUUACUGCAACUGGUGAAGAAGCCAAGGAUGUUGACUACGUGUGGGAGGUCCGAAGCACCGAUGGAAGACUGAUUGAAGUUGGUCAGCUGGGAGAUGGGGGCGUUAGUUUUGCAGACAAUGAAUUAAAAAUAAGCAAAAUUAAGCCAAGCUAUGGAACAAUCAAGGGUCGUUGUGUUGUUAUUGAUCGUUCCAGCAAGGAGCAAUAUCCUUCACCGUACUUUGUAUUCGCAGUUCCACCUGACUUUGAUCCAAAGGAUAUUGAGAGUAUGCCUCAUACUAUCAAAGACGCCUCACCGCAAGAUGAACGCAUGAAAGUUUGGGUGACAGAGCUGAAUGCGUUAGGCAACUUAAAUGGCAUGGUUGGUGACGACGCUUCUCUGAAGUGUAAUGCUGAAGCUCAAGUUCAAAAUGCUGAAGUAACUGGCUACUCAUGGGAGUUUUCUGACGCAUACUCGCAGUCUUUAUCUUCAAGUGUUCUUGCAAAAGAAGUUAAGUUUUCGACUGAUGGCUCACUUCAAAUGAAUGGCCUACGAGCCUACAAGGACAAGCAAAGUUAUCACGCCGUUGCUGGACGAUGCUUUGCUAACGUCAAAAUAGCCGGCGAUGAUGGUCAUGUUGAAGAACUGCGCUUCCCGUCCAAGUUUUUCCAUGUUGUGAUUCGUGAUACUGAAGAACCUUAUCUUCCAAAGAUGCCUGAAGACCCACAAGGAGAGUUCGUUAUUGUUACUGUUGAUGGACUUGAUAAACGUGGAAAUCUUAAAGCAGAACCAGGCGAUACAGUUAUAUUGACAUGCAAUGCCAAAGAUAUAGAGGCUAAUACUGAUAACGUCCAAGGAUUGAUGGCUUGGAGAUUCACUGACUCUUUGGGUCGGGAAGUUCCAGCUGAGAAAUUAGCCAUGUCUGUUGAGAGAGUAGAUCGUCAACUCAUCUUGACUCAUCUCAGACCCACUCCUGAAAACAUAUUCAGUCGUGGCAAAUGCGUUGUAUUCAGCGAACAGCGAAAAAGAAUGUACUCGUCUAUACCGUUUGACGUGAUUGUCAAACGAAAGGACUUGGAAGAACGAGGCAAGAAAUGA